AUGACCUACGGGCGAAGAGCGCAGGCAGCGCGUCGUGUAUCGGCUCCUGGAAGCGCGUUUGGGUCGGGCAGCAGCAAGCCUCCGUCCAGCGAUACGCCGCAGCCUCUUGACUUGUCAGAUUCAUCAGUGGAAGAGAGUGACGGAGAGCCUCUGGCAGCAGGCACAAGCACAGGCACUUGGGCCCGGAGAACAGCACACUCCGCUCUGUCUAGGCUGGAGCAGCUCUACGAAAGUACAAGGUCACAGGGCAGUACUCCGUCUGGAAAUUCAACCGAUGCGCCUGGCGGGUCUGCAUCGUCGCGGUCAAUCCUGGAUCAGACAAAAAACAGAUGGGACCUUGGCGAUGUGCUUGGAGGAAAGCCUGAAAGGGCAGUGACAGAUAGCAAGGAGACUGAUCAGCAGCAGAGGAUCGUGCUGGAUAACACGGAUAUGUUUGUCAGCGCAGAGGAGGCGGCAAAGGUCAAAGCCAAGGCUAAGCGGCUGCAGUCGCGGGCAUUUAGCCAUAAUGUCGUUUUUACAUACGGGCGUCCUCGCAGCGACGAUAGCGGCGACGACGACGAUUAUGAUGGCAGCGAGCUAUCCAAAUUCCGGCGGCCCAGUGGUAGUAGCCGAUCUCUCAACAUGCGGCCCCUGCUUUUGCUCGAUCAGGAUAGCAGCGCGUUGGCUGGUGGUGCAAUUGGCGCCUACAAGUCUCCACAGGAUCCACUUUCGUUCCGCAGGCUGAUCGGGGACAUUCUACAGAGGAUUGGAUCGACAGACUCAAUGCGGGUUUCGGCAUGUGGUGAUCUGGCUGCGCGGCUGGGGCAGCAGGAGUUCCGAGAUGAGUUGCUGGGCUCGAUACACUGGCUCACGACGCUACUCCGUUCGAUGCAGCGGGUGCGCGAGUGUCCGCUUGUCUCCGCGUCGAUGAUGGUGCUUGUGCGAGCAGCAUUCGUGAACCCCGAGGUUAUGCAGUCGCUGGUAUUUGACCACCAUAUCCUUGAGAUCGUGGCCGAGGUGCUGAAAGCAACAGCCCAGGCCGACAUUCUGGUGCAGCGAGACCCCUCGGACUUUGACUGCGACAGCCAGUGUCGGUGUGUGACAGCCAUUUGCCAAACUGUAAGGGCGCUUGGUUUGGUUGACGAUAUAUUGGCUGUUUCUACAUACAAUCUGGUAUUGGCUGCGCUGCGUAGCUUCAUGCGCGACGAUGAUGUUGCGUACCUAGCAAUGGCGGAAUUGCUGAGAGGGGAGCUGCAUGAAUCCGGGUGCCUGGCACUGAUAGUUGAGCGGACAUUUGCGCGGAGCAUUCCGGCAUUCGUCAAACAAAUCAACAGCCAGCCAGCCAGAUCGCUUGACGGCUCCCCCUUCGACGACUCUUUUGUCAGCAAGGUGUCGGCCCGAAAUGCUGCAGCAGCAGCAGCAGCAGAUUUUCGAAAUGGAGAUGAUAUGUGGAUGGACUUUGACUUGCCCGACGAGUCACAGCAUCCAGCUAGCCUGCGUGGAUUGCCGAACCAUCGGCAGCAGGCCGACAAGUGCACUUUUCGGCGCGAGCUCGAUCCGCAGCUACCGUCGCGCCUAGCUGUCUCUCUGGAACUUGAACUGCUCAAGUUUAGUGCAACGGCAUCCCGAGAAAACCAGGACGAGAUCUUGGGCGAGAAGGCUGUGGUCCCGGCUAUGCUGUCACUGCUGGCUGCAUGCCAGCAAUCGUCUGUCAGACUCCGCGGCCAGUCGCUUGUCAAGGCGCUGGAAACAGCGGUUCUGGUGCUGCAGCUUCUGGUGAAUCUGUCCAACAGCAGCACCGAGUUUUGCUCGCAGUUUAUCAGGCAGAAUGGCCUCGAGGCGGUGUCCAAAAGCAUCAUGUUUGUAUCGCGUACGAUGGCAGAUGGGAUGCUCCAAACGGAAUCCAGCAGCAGCAAUCCAGCAUCAACCGGAGCCGCCAACUCCAGCUCAACCACUGCCAAGGAUCUCGGCGAUCUGUGCUACGACACUCUGCUAAUUGCUGCCGCGCUGCUCACCAACAUCGUCGACGCGGACUCGUCCACGGCUACGCACUUCAGCUACGUGUUUCAGAACCCGCAUUGUCCGCUCGACUCGCGAUGCUAUCCCGAAUGUGCGUGCGCAAGCCGCACCUCACUGGUCGGCCUGUUGGCACGAGCAUUUGCAGUGUGUCACGCCAUGGCGGCGCCGGCGGAUUCGAGCCAGUCAGACGCCCUUGUUGCAGCAGGCUACUUGGCUGUGCUGCUUGGAUUCCUCAUGCGUGACAGCCCUGGCAGUCACCGCGCCAUCCUACAGCACUUGCCUGGUCAAUCGGCAGCUGCAGUGGUUUCACGGAUUGAAGGAUUUAUUCGGUUGACCGACUCCAUUAGCGAACGCUUUGGGAAGUUGCUCGGUGGUCUGGGAACUGCUGCCUUUGGGCUGCCAGAACCGGGCAGUGGUCGACGGACGCACCUGCUCGGACAGCGCAGCACCGAGUCACCGCCAUCGCUGAGUCAGUGGCAGCAGUGA